AUGAGUUGGUGGCUAUCAGGCGUCGUCGGCGCUACACGGAGAAAACGCGGAGACACCAAUCCAUCACUCAAGUACAAAGGCUUCGCUUUGAUCGUCGGGGUCACUGGCAUCGUCGGCAACAGCCUCGCAGAGAUCCUCCCCCUCCACGACACCCCCGGAGGUCCCUGGAAGGUUUACGGGGUCGCCCGCCGCCCCAGACCACCAUGGAAUGCCGAUUAUCCCAUGGAAUACAUCCAAUGUGAUAUCCGAGAUGAAGAACAAACCCUAACACAACUCUCCAACCUCCAAGACCUCACGCAUGUGUUCUACGUCACAUGGGCCAAUUGUUCCAAUGAACAACAUAACUGUGAGAUCAAUGGCCAAAUGUUUAAAAACGUUCUCAAUGCAGUAAUUCCUAAUUGCCCUAAUUUACAACAUAUAUGUUUACAAACCGGUCGUAACCACUACAUCGGCCCGUUUGAUGAUUGGGGGACAUUGAAUGGGGUUCAGGAUGCCCCGUUUUGUGAAGAUCUUCCGCGGAUUGAAAACCCUAAUUUUUACUACACACUUGAAGAUAUAUUGUUUAAAGAAGUAACCAAAAAGGAAGGGUUAACGUGGUCGGUUCAUCGGCCGGGAGUGAUCUUUGGGUUCUCUCCUUGCAGCAUGAUGAACAUUGUAGGAAGUUUAUGUGUUUAUGCAGCUAUUUGUCGCCAUGAAGGCGAACCAUUGAGGUUUCCGGGGACAAGACAGGCGUGGGAGAGCUACCACAGCGCGUCGGAUGCUGACUUGAUCGCUGAGCAUCAUAUAUGGGCUGCGGUCGACGAGUAUGCGAAGAACGAAGUGUUUAAUAUUAGUAAUGGUGAUGUGUUUAAAUGGAAGCAUUUUUGGAAGGUUUUGGCUGAGCAGUUUGGGGUGGAGAAUGGUGGGUUGCAAGAGGAGGGAGAGAGGAGAAGUUUGAGUGAUAUGAUGAAGGAUAAAGGGGCUGUUUGGGAUGCCAUAGUGACCGAAAAGGAGCUUUUACCGACUAAAUUGGAGGAGGUUGGAGGGUGGUGGUUUGUGGAUGUUGUGCUUGGUAAUGAGGGGAUGUUGGAUCUCAUGAACAAAAGCAAGGAGCAUGGGUUUUUAGGGUUUCGGAACUCCAAGUCGUCUUUUGUUUCUUGGAUUGAUAAGAUAAAAUGCAGCAAGAUUGUUCCUAUUUGAACUUCACUUGUAUGAUAUUUGAUAUUUUGAAUUGUAAUAAAUUGGAUCAUAAGUUCAGUUUUUGGACCCAUUCAUUCCCAUGAUGCAGGUGGGAACUGGGUCGGUCCAAACGGGUUAAAUAGGUUAACUGGCUACUUUUAGUUGUUUGUCCGUGUCCCACGA